AUGUCCAGGCAGUCAUCUGUCACUUUCCAGACCAGCAGCCGUAGGGGCUUCAGCACUGCCUCAGCCACCACCCCUGCAGCCGGAGGAUCCCGCUUCAAAUCCGUCUCUGUGGCACGUUCCUUGGGAGGCAAUGGGGGUCUGGGAAGGAUCAGUGGCACAGGGGCUGGCUUUGGAAGCCGCAGCCUAUACAACCUGGGAGGGACCAAGAGAGUCUUGGCCAGUGGGUGCAGCAGCAGCUUCCGGAAUGGCUUUGGCAUCAGGGCUGGCAGUGGGUUUGGCUUCGGAAGUGGGAUCAGCAGUGGAUUUGGUCAUGGAGGGGGCGUUGGAGGUGGAUUUGGGGGUUCUGGCUUCCCUGUCUGCCCCUCUGGAGGCAUCCAAGAGGUCACAGUCAACCAGAGUCUCCUGACUCCCCUCAACCUGCAAAUCGACCCCGCCAUCCAGCGGGUUCGGAAAGAAGAGCGGGAGCAGAUCAAGACACUCAACAACAAGUUCGCGUCCUUCAUCGACAAGGUACGGUUCCUAGAGCAGCAGAACAAGGUCCUGGAGACCAAGUGGAACCUCCUGCAGGAGCAGGGCUCCAGGACCGUGAGACAGAACCUGGAGCCCCUCUUUGAUACCUACAUCAAUGAGCUCCGGCGACAGCUGGACACUGUUACUUCCGAGAGGGGCAGGCUCGAUGCUGAACUACGGAACAUGCAGGAUGUUUUAGACGAUUUCAAAGUCCGAUAUGAAGAUGAAAUCAAUAAGCGUACAGCUGCUGAGAAUGAGUUUGUAGCUCUGAAGAAGGAUGUGGAUGGUGCCUACAUGAACAAGGUGGAGCUGGAGGCCAAGGUCAACUCUCUGACUGAUGAGAUCAACUUCUUCAGGAUGCUAUAUGAGGCAGAGCUGUCUCAGAUGCAGAAUCAGGUCAGUGAUACCUCCGUGGUCCUGUCCAUGGACAACAACCGCAGCCUGGACCUGGACAGCAUCAUUGCUGAGGUCAAAGCGCAGUAUGAGGACAUCGCCAACCGCAGUCGGGCUGAGGCUGAGUCCUGGUACCAGACCAAGUAUGAGGAGCUACAGGUCACAGCUGGAAGACAUGGUGAUGACCUCCGCAACACCAAGCAUGAGAUCUCCGAGAUGAACAGGAUGAUCCAGAGGCUGAGAGCUGAGAUCGACAGCAUCAAGAAGCAGUGUGCCAGCUUACAAACAGCCAUUGCCGAUGCAGAACAGCGUGGAGAAUUGGCCCUCAAGGAUGCACGAGCCAAGCUGGUGGACCUUGAGGAUGCCCUGCAGAAGGCCAAGCAGGACAUGGCCCGGCUACUGCGCGAGUACCAGGAGCUGAUGAAUGUCAAGUUGGCCCUGGAUGUGGAGAUCGCCACCUACAGGAAGCUGCUGGAGGGCGAGGAGUGCAGGCUCAGUGGAGAGGGUGUUUCUCCAGUGAACAUCUCUGUGGUCACCAACACUGUUUCCAGUGGCUAUGGCAGUGGCAGCGGCAUUGGAGGAGGAAACCUGGGCCUCGGUGGGAGCAGCAGCUAUUCCUUUACCACUAGCGGUGGGCACAGCCUGGGUACAGGGCUCAGGGGAUCUGGCUUUAGUGCCAGUAGCAGCCGGGGUCUAGGGGGCAGUGGCUCAAGUGUCAAGUUUGUCUCUACCACAUCCUCCAGCAGGAAAAGCUACAAACACUAA